ACGAUUAUAUGAUUUUCAGGAUAAAUUUUGAGAGAAAAUUCUCUCCGUUUAUAUUACGAAUUUUGUAGUGUCAAUCGACUUAUAAGUAAUUUGGGAUGUAUUAAAAUGUUUUUGAACUGUGUACAAACCAUUAGAAAUAAAAAAAUUAUAAUUGUGAAUAUGAGGUAAUGAAAAAGAGGAGGAGGGCAAAAAAGUGGGAGAGUAGGAGAGUUGUAAGAGAUAUGGGGGACAUCGUGGCAGCGGAAAAGACGAAGACUAUGAUGAUGCCGUUUCUGAAACUAUUGUUCCAUUUUAAUAUGUGUAUCGUAUUAAAAAAUAUUAAUAUACAAUGGCAAUUGUUUAGAAUCAGAACCGUGAAUUAAAAUUUGGCCUGAUGUCGGGCCUCGUGGCGCUCUCCGUCGGAGCACGAUCGCGGCGAGUCGCGCCGCGACGUCUUUCCUCGCGAGCUCGCGAGGGCGAACGGGCAUAGCUGAUCGAGCUUCGGAGCAUUUUUCGCGUCUUUACCUGAUUCGGCGACCCGGUCGCGCGAUGUUUGUUCCACCAAUCAAAACUCUUCUCGUUUUCUAGCGACCGUGAAAUCGCUCGUCCCUAAAGUGAGUCCCGUUCGCGUGUGCCCGCUCGCCUAGUUCUCGCGCCCGUUCGAGAAAAUCGUUUCUCCAUCGUGCUUGCAUCGUUUCGUAAGGGCCCGCGCCCCUUUCGAGGCUCCGUCGCAAUAUUCGCGCCGAUCAAAGGCGCUAUAUCGCCGCGUGAUCGGUCUACCGACUCGUGUGUCGGGUUCCCGUCAAAUCGCUGCCGCAAAGCAGAGCCCGUGCGCGGCGAGCUUUCGGUAUUUCGAUAGUCCAUCAAAUCGCGUGCGAGCUCUUAUUAAAUCCUUGUUAAAUCAACCGUGCGUGCGUCCGUUAAAAUUCCUAUCUGACUUGUUGCCGAUUAAGAAGUGUUCACGGCCCAAUCUGCGUGUCGAGUGCGCGAGUAUCCUCCUCCACAGCGGUGCGCGAUCGCGUACGUUCGUCUGCUCCGCGUUAAGAAUUCCGUUGGCCGCGCUCAAGAUUGUCCGAUUCGUUUGGGUGUUGAAAUCAACGCUCGUCAAGAUCUCCCGUCGCGCCAUAUACCGCGUUACUCAAUUUUCAUCUUGUGAGACUGGCAUCAACUGUUCCUCGAUAUAACACGAAGCUUGUCUUAUCUUUUACACAUGCUAGAACGUAGUAUUUCUCAGAAAGGUUUAUAACCAUAAGCAGUCUACAGGAAGAUCACAAUGAAGUAUACGAUAGAAAAAGAAAACAAUACAAAAGUACAAUGGACUCAAUGGAUCGCAGGUAUCGGAGUCACUCUUCUACUUCUACUAGUAGGAAUGAUAGAGAUUUGGAGUUCACCGUACAUCGAAAAUCUGACUUCGCCCGAAUCUCCCAUACCCAUGACAGAGAACCAAGCGUCCUGGAUAGUCUCUCUUCUAAGUGUAGGAAAUCUAAUUGGCACCGUUUGUGGUUCGAUUGCCGUCAACUAUCUCGGCUCUAAAACAGCGAUCGUUGUGACGAGUUUGACAAUAACUCUUAGCUGGCUAUUUACACUUGUAGCUAAUCGACGGGAAUGGCUGUACGCAGCUAGGUUAUUAGGUGGUAUCGGUAUGGGAAAAGCAAACAGCUGCUUCUCACUUUACCUAGGCGAGAUCGCGGACCCUACAAUUCGCGGAGCUCUGGUGGCCUUAGCUGUAAGUGGAUUAUCAAUAGGCAGCUUAAUGAUGAGUAUCAUGGGUGCGCGUUUAAGUCUGGAGAUGAGCGCUCUCAUAUGUCUCAUUCUCAGUUUACUACUGAUAAUCACCUUCAUAUGGUUGCCGAAAUCACCGGACUAUUUCAUCAAAAUCGGAGACGACGAUAAAGCGCGUGCCUCGAUACUUUGGUAUCACCGUGAUUGCGAUGUGGAAUCGGAGCUGACAGCGCUGAAAACCUUCAUUGAAAAAAAUAAGAGUCUUCCCUUCGCGGAUGUUCUAAAGCAAUUCAAAAUUCCCUACAUUAUGAGAGCACAAACACUCACGUCCAUGCUCUUCGUAUAUUUUCUGUUUAGCCAAAGCAUUGUGUCGGCUUACAUGGAGACCAUCCUGCAAGACGCCCAAGUGACCGUUAUAGACCCGUCAGUGAUAGUAAUCAUCGUCACCGCUACGGGACUCGUCGGUUCCCUGGUUUCCAUGUACCUGAUCGACAAGUUCGGCAGGCGAAUUCUGAUGAUCGUCUCAAGCGUGGGCCUCACGAUCUCGCUAAUCUGCUUGGGUGUACAAUAUCAGCUACUCGACGCGGGCUAUGACCCCACCAAUCUUCAGGCUCUACCCAUUUUCGCGGUGUUGCUCUAUGAAACAUCCUCAUGUAUCGGCGUCAUCCCAGUACCAAGCACAGUAUUGAGUGAAAUCUUCUUGCCACAUGUUAAGUGCGUAGCUAGCUGUAUCGCCAAUAUUGUCGGUGCGACAGCCUCUAUUAUCUCCACAUCGACAUAUCAGCCUUUAAUCAAUUUGAUCACGCAAAAGUACGUGUUCUAUUUGCACGCUUUGAUAAUGACAACGGCUGUACCAUACACAUAUUUCCGCAUGCCUGAGACUAAGUGUAAGUCGCUACAGCAAAUUCAAGAAGAGCUGGUUGGAAGAACUGAACAAGUGGUUUAAUCGGAUAGCAUAUAAUGAACGAAAUAGUACGUGAAUACACUUAUCGACUUCUUUUGACGAUCGGUCUCUAGACAACCAAUGGAACAACUUGUUUUCUCGUAUUUAUUACAAAACAUUUUAAUGGUGCCUCAACGGCGAUGCCGAGUAUUUGUCACAUCAUUUGCCACAUUUUAAUGUUACUGAUGUGCCAAAUAAUGAUUUAACAAAUUGAAAUCACAAUGCAAUAUUCUCGUUUAAUCUGAUACUAACCCAUUUAUUAAAUUGCGAAACAAAUGCGAACGGAUUCACGGAAAACAUCUGAUGUAUAAUAUAUCGGCACUGCUGCUGAUUGUGAGUCAAACUCAGCAUAUGCAUUGCUUUGUGAGAAAAAUUUUAUUUCAUGUUUCAUUUAUAAUAUUUUACGAGGCUGUAUUAGAAUUAACAAAGGUGGCAGUAAAUACGUCGCCAAUGUGAUAGCGCCCGUUACAAGAGUUACGGUUAUUGUGCAAAACGUUGUUGUUUUAUCUUAUCGCUUGUAUAAAAGUAGCGAUAUAAAACUUUGUGCCAACUCACCAUGAAUUUACACACAUCAGAAAAUUAAAUUUGCUCUUAUCGUAUUUAUUGAAACGGUAAAAUAUUCAAUUUACCUAAGCGCAAAAACUUGAUUUCCGGCAUGAAAAAUUAUGUUUGUCAAAACAUUUAUUUCCUUUGUUAUUAAAAUAACAAACCAUUUCGUUUAGAAAAACUUGGUGGUGCAAAAUGGAUUUACUUUAAUAAUACGUGCAUGCAAAGUAUUAUUAAAAGAAUGAAAUGUUUUUAUGUAUAUAAUCUCAUGCUCAGUUAGAACAAUACUUCCUAUCAUUACUUUUAUAGCAAAAAUAAAUUUAAACAACUUUCAUUUACACAAUUAUUUUAAGGAUUGCAAAUAGUACAAGCUCUAUUUUCACCUUUUUCUAACAAGGCAAUUAAACUAAUAUAUUACGCAUUUUGUAGUAUAAAUCGUCUUAUAGUAUUACAAGUAAUUUUCAGUAUUUAAGAUAUUUGGACUGUUUAAAAAACGUUAAAAAUAUAAAAGUUAUGUUUGGCAAUGUUACGCGAUGGAAGAAAGAAGAAUGGCAGGAUACUGUGACGAGUAGAGAGGAAAGAGGGUGUAGAGUGAUAGACGUUGUAGGGGAUGGCGGGGCAGGGGAGGAGACAGCGAUGAUGAUGAUGUUUCUGCAAUUGUUGUCCAUUUUAACAUAUGUACGUUUCAUAAAGUCCUAAUAAAUAAAUGUAGAAAAUAAUAGACACUUUUACUAUUAACUAUAAUAUGUAAAAGAACCCUAAACAAUCGAUUAAGUCUAUUAAACAUUUCUUGCGCCCAGUCAUUUUUCAGAUGCGGCUGUCAUGCUUCUGCCCAAUUUGAUGUUUCAAAUAUUGAUAAGCACUGUAUUUCGUUGCCUGUUACGCGGACACCAUUCGACACGAGAUACUACCGUUUUAAUUUUUCAAUUAGGGAUUUUAAUAAAAAACCAAUAAUACUUUUUUUGCUAAUA